GACCAUGAGCAACUUGCAGCCCACCACCUUGCACGCCGUCCAUGCAAUUGGUGGACAACGAUACCUUCUUCAAACAGUUGGCUGCUCUGUUUGAAGCCACCAAAAACACCGGAUCGAUAUGGCUAACUCAUAAACGAUUGACAUACGAUGGCGAGGAUGCGAGGAUGGCCACAGACGAUGCAGCGGAAUAUCCUUGUCUUGUUCGUGCUACUAAUGGCAAGGAGAUAAAGAUUUCAACUCGGGUUGAGCCGGGAGGGCUUGAUCAAUUUCAUUCGAAGUAUGGUACGCUGCUGAAGACCUCUAUGACGUCCCUCCGCAAGCGUGACAAGAAACGCGAAAAACAGAGAGCGGAGGAGGCUGCCCACCGAAGGCGACGUCUCGCUGAAGACAUCCUUGUUGAAGGCUCGAAGCGGGGAAGUGGUCGGCGGAAGCGACAGCGUCGCAUCAAGCAGGCUUUGAAGCAAGAGGAGUCUCGCAAGAGAAUGCAGGAGCGUGAGGAUGCCAGGGCGAAGGGCAAAUCGACCUAGCGGCCUCUGCGGUAUGGAGUUCUACGUAGCACUCAUUAUAUUAGAUAUUAGUGUAUCUAUGUUUCUGACAAUGCAUGAGGAUUUUUGUUCAACGCU